UCCCAAAUAAAAUCAAAAUGCAACAUCUUCGUAUGAAAUCAACUGAUAUCAUUGACAAGAUAAUACAGAGAAAGAUCAGACUCGAAGCGAGGUCAAAUAAGAAUAGACUCAGUGUGUCAAGAAUCAGUCCUGAGAAGUUGAAGAAGCAGCAUAAGUUUAUCCCAUUUUUGAAGGAGAGAAAUCAUCUUGGAAAAUUACUUCAGUCUAAAGCGAGUAGAGUACAUAAGCCUAAAUAUGUUAUCAAGAAAAUUCCAGAUAAUCGAUUUAAAAUAAAGGUUAAGAAAAGAAAUCCAAAUAUUUCCUACAAGUCUUUCUACAGGAAUCGACAAAAAUAGAGAAUUACAGUUGCUAGGAAAAGUAGUGGAUAACAUCACAAAUAAGUCUCUUAGAGAAAAAAGGCAGGCAAAUUUAUAUAGGUCAAGAACUAACAAGAGCAGCAAUCGAAAUAAUUACAAUAAUAUUCCAAAGAAACAUCAGAGAGGAAGAUCUUUAAACCUCUUGUUCAGAUUAACUCAUGUUAAAGAGAAGGAAGAUGAUAAAGUGCAACAAUCAUUACAAAACUCAAUAAUGAGUGACUUCAGAUAGCAUACUAUACUCAUCUCAGAUAGUCUGGUUUCAAUAUUA